UCACGAGCACGACGAUUUUAGAGAUUGAGAUCAAGAUUAUUUUUGUUGAGGGAAAUGUCACUGUGACGUUCAACAGUAGUUGGCAAGACACCGCCAGUGCACGUAAGGAUCAUUGAACCAUCACAGGUCAAAACAGCAGCAGCAUCAAGGUGGUGUGUGCUUUCUCUUUCCAUCCCGCUGGCUGCCGCUGCCGCCCGUCCGUCACGACGCCCACCCGGUAAGUGCCGCACUGCUGUUUGACGAACACCAAGCAACUGUCAAGACUGUAGUAACCACACAGGCACUACACGCAUUAUUGUUCAUCUCCACGCCACCGCCACAACCAGCAGGAAGAGUCAACACCCAUGCAGAAUGGCAGACCCCCAGACACUAAAGAAGGGGGCUCUUGUGGCAGCCACCUAUGAUACUUUGCUACAGGUUGGCUUGCGCAUCAUGUCGUUUGUGCUGAAUGCAUUUAUUGUGCGCCAUGUAAGCCAUGAGGUGUUUGCUGUGAUGACAGUUCGGCUUCACCUGCUGUAUGCCACAGGGCUGCUGCUGUCUCGGGAGGCUUUCAGGCGUGCUGCCCUAAGCUCCAAAGGCUCCGGUCAGGUGUUCAGGCUUAUUAAUCUGAUAUGGAUUGGAUGGAUGGUGUCAGUGCCGGUGGGGUGCCUUGGGUUUGGUGUGUGGACAUGGGUGAUGGCACAUCCUCCACUAGCAAUAGCACCACAUUAUGAGGUUGCAGUUGUCUGUGUGGCAGCCAGCAUUGUGGUGGAAGUAGCGGCUGAAGUGCCCUUUGUCCUGGCAGAGCUGCAACUGUGGACCAAGACAAGAGUAGCAAUUGAAGGCCUGAUGCAAACACUGCGCUCUGUACUGCUGGUAGCUUUCGUCUUCUUGCGACCAAGUCAGUCAGUGCUCCUCUAUGGGAUCAGCCACUUGUUUGGCUCAUUUGUUUAUGCUGCCGCCUACUACAUCCUCUUUGCCUAUGUUCUACACAGAAAAAGUGGAGCAAAGAAAUUACCUGUGCACAGUUUUUGGCAGCUCUUCCCAACCUGGGAACGAGGAAAGUGGGUUCCAAGUGUUGAUAAGGAGCUUGGAGGGUUGGCCUGGAGCUUCUUUCAGCAGGGUUGGUUGAAAGAAGCACUCACUGAAGGAGAAUUCUACCUCAUGAACUUCUUCCCUCUCAUUUCUUUGGCACAGCAAGGUGUCUACCAGGUAGUGAACAACUUGGGAUCCCUGGCAGCACGUCUUGUGUUUCGCAGUAUUGAAGCAGCAGCGUACAAAUAUUUUGCUCAGAUGGUGGAGCGUGGCAAGCCUGUGGCUGAACAAGACCUGAAACGCACAGCGGAGGUUGUAAAGUUCCUUUGCACCCUCCUGCACAGCCUGGUCCUGGUCAGCCUCAUCAUCGUCACUUUUGGCUGGUCUUACUCCAGUCUGGCCCUGCAACUGUAUGGAGGUGCUCAGUUGAGUGAGAGUGGGACGCACCUCAUGCAGGCUCAGAGCUUCUAUGUGAUCUUCCUAGCCAUCAACGGCAUCACAGAGGCCUACACUUUUGCCUCCAUGGAUGACUCACAGCUCCAUCGGUUCAACCGAUUCUUGGUGUUCUUUUCCAUCAUGUAUGUGGGUAGUGCUAUGAUUCUGACACAAGUAUUUGGUGCACUUGGCUUCAUCUUUGCUAAUUGCCUCAACAUGAGCCUCAGGAUAGCAUACAGCUUGAGAUUCAUCCACACACAGUACCAGAACAGUUGCCACAACCCUCUAGCCUCACUGCUUGUCCAGCCAAGACUCCUUCUAGUGUUUUUAGCUGCCUGGAUCAUCACAUCAAGUUCUGAGAGUAUUGUACAUCCCCAAAGUACAGUGGGUCACAUAAGCAUUGGGGCCUUCACUCUGCUGGGUGUGGUGUUUGGCCUGCGCUGGGAGUUGAGGCCACUGCUGGAGAAGAUCUUGGACUCAGCUGCCUCUGUCAUGACAAAGUUCCUCCCAUUAAGGUGGCACCACUUCCUCCAGGUGACAUUGGUGGGUUCUGUACGCAAAAUUCUGUAUAACACAUGACCUUUGUAGAGCAAUAAAUUUAUAGAAAAUU